AUGGUUCGAGUUCCUCCCAACGAACUCCAUGCAUCUAGUUCACCUUCGACAUUCGCAGCAUGGGCUAUGGAUGUCAUUGGCUCCAUCGAGCCAACAACAUCUAAUGGACACAGAGUCAUACUUGUUGCAAUUGAGUCCUUCACCAAGUGGGUCGAAGCCACCUCCCACAAAUCAGUGACAAAGAUGGUUGGGGAUGAUUUUGUUAAAAAUAAAAUUAUUUGUACGUUCGGUAUUCCUCAGUCAAUCAUCAGUGACAAUGGAACCAACCUAAAUAAUGAUUUUAUGAGAUCACCGUGUGAGAAGGUCAAGAUCAGUGGUCGAAAUUCUACAACAUAUGUACCACAAAUUAAUGGGGUUGUUGAGACAACAACUAAUAACAUCAAGAGGAUACUGUGCAAGAUGAUCUAUAAUCAAAUACAUUGGCAUAAAAAGCUAGCCUUCGCAUUGAUGGGGUAUCGCAGCACAAUUAGAACUUCUAUUGGGGCCACACCUUACUUUCUAGUAUAUGGUAAUGAAGCUGUGAUACCUGAUGAAGUAGAGAUACCGUCUAUUAGGAUUAUUCAGGAUGUAGAGUUCAGUGACGCUUAA